AUGGGUCACGUUGUAACUGGAGCGAAAUUAUUGACUACACUAAUAGCACUCCUUCACAUUCUUCCAGUCAUUCCAACAUUUUCCGAAACCAACCGCCACCGUGAAACCACCCUGUUGGACAAACACUUAACAGCUGCGGAGGAAGGCGACGUUAGAGUUGUGAGAGUUCGGAAAGACGGAGCCGGAGACUUCAGGACGGUGACGGAGGCUGUUAAAAGUAUUCCGUCGGGGAACAACAGGCGAGUGGUGGUGUGGAUUGGUAUGGGAGAAUAUAGAGAGAAGAUAACGGUUGAUAAGUCGAAAGGUUUUGUAACGUUUUAUGGGGAAAGGAAUGGGAACGACAAUGACAUGCCAAUUAUUACCUACGACGCAACUGCUUUGCAUUAUGGGACACUUGCUAGCGCAACGGUCGCUGUCGAUGCUGAUUACUUUGUUGCUGUCAAUGUCGCAUUUGUGAACUCGGCUCCUAUGCCGAAUGAAAAUAGUGUUGGAGGACAAGCUUUAGCGAUGAGGAUAUCAGGGGAUAAGGCUGCAUUCUAUGAUUGCAAGUUCAUUGGAUUUCAGGAUACUUUGUGUGAUGAUAAAGGAAGACAUUUUUUCAAGGACUGUUUUAUUCAAGGAACGUAUGAUUUCAUUUUUGGGAAUGGAAAAUCCAUAUACUUGAGAAGUACGAUAGAAUCGGUUGCGAAGGGUUUGAAUGUUAUAACAGCGCAAGGUAGGGAAAACGUGUCAGAAGACACUGGAUUCGCGUUUGUGCACUGCAAGGUAACUGGAAAUGGUUUCAGAAACACUUACCUCGGACGUGGUUGGAGAAGAAGCCCUAGGGUUGUAUUUGCAUACACCUAUAUAGGCUCUGUUGUCAAUUCUGUAGGAUGGUUCCACCAUCAUGAAUCCAAUGAGACAAUCUAUUUUGGAGAAUACAAGUGCUUUGGACCAGGUGCUGCUUCCUCUGCAGGAAGAUUAAAAUAUCAGAGAAUUCUAUCUGACGAAGAAGCAAAGCCUUUCUUGAGCAUGGCUUAUAUUCAAGGAGAUGAUUGGGUUCGUCCACCUCCUAAGUUGUGA